CCCCGCCCCGCCUCCGCGCCCGUCACGCGCGGCUCGCGCCUGCCGAAUUGCGGAUCCGCGUCGCGAGGUUGCGAGAGGGUUUGGGGCUGUUUCCCUUUGAAUGACCAGGAAGGUUCUCGGUGCGGAAUAGCGCUCCUGCAGAGCGGCUACCACGGAAAGGGAACUGCGGGAAAUUUCCCUGGACACCGCUGACGCUGACAAACCCAGUGUCCCUGGGCCUUUCCAGUUCUCCUGGCAGGUUGAUUGCGUCUCAGCAUGUCGGCUUCAAUGAAGGAAUGCCUUCAGCUUCAGCUGCUGGAGAUGGAAAUGCUGUUUUCUAUGUUUCCUAACCAAGGAGAAGUAAAACUUGAAGAUGUCAAUGCCCUGACAAACAUAAAGAGAUACUUGGACGGCAUAAGGGAGGCGCUGCCACCAAAAAUCGAAUUUGUGAUUACCCUGCAGAUCGAGGAGCCCAAGGUGAAAAUUGACUUACAAGUAACCAUGCCUCACAGCUACCCCUAUGUAGCAUUGCAGAUGUUUGCACGGUCACCAGAACUUGACAGACAGCAGCAGCUGCUUCUCAACAAAGGCCUCACUUCUUAUAUCGGGACUUUUGAUCCAGGGGAGCUGUGUGUGUGUGCAGCCAUCCAGUGGUUACAGGACAACAGCGCCUCCUACUUCCUGAACAGAAAGCUCGUGGACGAACCAUCGACACAAGCAAAACCAGUCAAGAACACCUUCCUCCGAAUGUGGAUCUACAGUCACCAUAUAUAUCAGCAGGACCUCCGGAAAAAGAUCCUGGAGGUCGGGAAAAGGUUGGACGUGACAGGAUUUUGCAUGACGGGAAAGCCAGGGAUAAUCUGUGUGGAGGGCUUCAAAGAGCACUGUGAGGAAUUCUGGCACACAAUCAGGUACCCCAACUGGAAGCACAUUUCCUGUAAGCAUGCGGAGAGUAUCGAAACAGAAGGAGAUGGGCAAGACCUGCGCCUUUUCCAUUCUUUUGAAGAAUUACUCCUUGAGGCCCACGGUGACUACGGCUUGAGGAAUGACUAUCACAUGAAUCUGGGCCAGUUCUUGGAAUUUCUCAAAAAACACAAAAGUGAGCAUGUUUUCCAGAUAUUAUUUGGUAUCGAAAGCAAAAGUUCUGACUCCUAGGAAGCUAUGAAGAGGCCUCUGAAGAGGCCUACAUAACUAAGCUCACUAAGUUAUAUUUCUAUUAAUAAGAGCAAAAUAAAAGGACAGUAGCUGGUUAGCAUUGUUGGUGGGGAAACUAGCUCCAGUAUUUUUCCCUGGUAUUGAAACAAACACAUAAGCCUUUUAACUUUGUAACAGUGUGAUCGCGAUGUUACCUGUAUGUUCUCGUGUUAAUUGAAAACUAUUUUGUGGUAAACUAAUAAAAGCCAGUCAGUCUAACC